UGGUAAUGAAUAUUUAAGAAAUUAAAAACAAGUCCUGAAUUUUAGCUAAAAUAUAAAWUACUGUUAUACAAAAUGGGUACUUUAGUGAGCGACAAGCAGCCUAUUGGUACAGUUGAGACAUUGAAUAGUGAUGCCAGCAAUGAUGAAAUUUGGGAAAUAAUUGACAAAGAAGAUGAUGAGGACCUGAGGAAUUUGUCUGCUGCGGUUUAUGCAUUCAUACUAUUGGUCAUUGGCAUACCACUGUGGUGGCGAAUGACAGAAGUACAACGUCACUCUCUUCCAUAUGCACAGAUCUCACAAUUGAGUACCAUGGACGUUGUUAUUUCUACAGACAUAUUUGUAUACACCAAAAACUCCUAUGUAACAGAACGUAUUAUCGAACAAAUUUAUACUUCAUUUAAUUCAACUAUGUUUAGUAUCAAUGCUCAGCCUUCUACUUUCAUUAAUUCAGACGACCAUAAUUUGAAUAAACUAGAGAUGGUCAUAACUCCUCUGGGAUCAUUACAACUAAUUGAAACCACUAGUGUAGAUGAUAUAAUUGUUGGUGUUGGCCGUAAUAUUUAUUUUCCUCCCAAUACAGACAUUAAAUUAUUAAUGGACUCAUUAAAAAGACUGUUACAAACAGAUGCAUUAUCUGAUUCAAUGAUAUCAAUGUUGAACCCUGGUAAUCAUUCUGAUGACCAACAAGUAGUAACUGAAAGACAGCGUCGAGUUAGACCAUCAUCAGAUUAUAAUGUACUUCUUACUGUUGUAAAUCCGGAACCUGAUAAACUGCAUGUGUCUUGGAAGCCAGAAAUACCUUUAAACCGUUAUCUCCAGCCUUUGCUUAAUCAAUUAAAACUGAUUUCAAACUUUUCUGUCCAAUCUCAAUGGCUUUAUUUAAUCGAUUUGGUUCAAAAGCCCCCAAAAUUAAACACUACAUUUGUAUUAGACAAGAACCAUGCUCAAUACAUAAUUACUCCUCUAGAAAAAAAAUUAGGUUCUGGAGUCUCUCGAAAUCCGUGUAUACAUUUUGUUGUAUAUGUAACCCCUUGUUCUUAUAUACCUUUAUAUUUUCAUGAAAACCAUCAGUUAACUACUGCUAUGAUGUCAGCUCGCUGGGGUGGAGUUCAGUUCUUAAAUGUUGAUCAGAUAUCAUGCAAUGAAUCAGUAAGCUUCAUACCUGAUGAUCUCAGCAUUAUGACUCCCAUCAUCACACAAUUUCAUUCAUUGAUUGGUGUGCCGAAUAUAUCUAAUUACAUGUCWCUAAUGCCACUAAAAUCAUCUACUCUGCGUAAAUGGCAAUUGGAUUCAAUGUACAGACUCAAAAUUAUUGAACAUUAUACUAACACGCGUAUUACUUUAACAUCAUUGUCACGACUGUUGGGUGAAAUCAGUAAUAUAGUGAUAAUUGAAGAAGUUGGAAAAGCAGUAACUGAAUCAGUAGAAGCAGCUACUAAAGUACUUCAAUGUAUAGAAAGAGGACAAUUAGAAGAAGCGUUGGAAUAUAGUAAAAUAGCAUUUGAAACAUCAGAGUUUGCAUUUACUCAUCCAUCGUUAUUGGCAUUGCUCUAUUUUCCGGAUGAUCAAAAAUAUGCGGUGUAUAUUCCAUUAUUUUUACCUGUUAUGAUCCCUGUACUAAUGUCUUUGAAAGGAGUUAAAAACUGGAUACAAUUGAAGUACAAAAUUUAAUUUARUAAUGACAACUUAAUGAUAUUGUGUUUAUUUUUUUUAGAUUUAUUACAAUUAAAUGAU